AUAUAUGUGGGUCCAUGGUUAAGAGAGAAAUGAUAUAAUAUUAGUAAAAGUAUGUCAUUUAUAGAAACGGGGUGAGUAUUAAGGGACAGAGGAAGUAGAUUUUUACAUUACAAUAUGAUUGAAAAUGAAUGCUAACAAGUACCACCAGCAUCAACUACUUAAAUCAGGAAAUACCAAGCUCCCAACUACCAAUAUAAUAUGGGGUAGAAAAAAAGUCAACAGGUGGAUGGACAAUCAAAAUCACACCAGUGACUGAUCCGUCUUUAAUUGUAUUGCUGAAAUUCUUUAUUUUUUCAUUCCAUCCAAAUCUAGAUCAGUACCACACACAGACAGCAGACAAACAUGUCUUCUAACACAAACACAGACACAAACACAGCUGAAUCUGAGUGGAACUACUCAGAAUCAGACAUUGCUCAUGAAUUCCUGUUUUUCAACGUCCUCAAAGAUGGUCGUGUCCAUGUCUUAGUUCCACCUGAUGAGAAAGUCCCCCCUUCCUUUGGCUCCACCGUCGGCGUCUCAAUAAAAGACGUCGAAAUAACACCCGACGUCUCAGCCCGAAUCUUACUCCCUGUCUCUGCAUCAUCCACCGGUGCACACACUGCACAGAAACUCCCUGUUGUGUUAUACAUCCAUGGCGGUGGCUUUUGUAUGCGAUCCGCCUUUUCUGAGGAUUACACCCGCUUCUGUUCCAACAUUGCCACCGAAGCCAACGCCAUUGUUGUCUCGGUUGAAUACGGCCUCUUCCCUGCACGUCCGAUUCCCGCGUGUUAUGACGAUUCCUGGGCCGCGCUCCAGUGGUUGGCGUCUCACGGUAACGGGUCUGGACCUGACCCGUGGAUCAACGAUCACGCCGAUCUUCACCGGAUCUUCGUUGGCGGGGAUUCUGCAGGAGGGAAUAUCUCCCAUACUUUAUUAGCUAAGGUAGGGUCUACAGGACUCCCUGGGGAAGCAAACAUCAAAGGGAUGAUAUUAAUCCACCCGUACUUUGGGGAAGAUGAUAAGAUGUGGAUGUAUAUGUGUCCUACAAAUGAAGGACCUACUGAUCGUAGAAUGAAGCCUGCUGUAGAGGAUCUGGCUAGGAUCGGGUGUGACAGGGUGUUGGUGUUUUUAGGUGAGUUUGAUGGGUUGUACGGUGUAGGGAAGAUGUACACAGAUGAGUUGAUCAAGAGUGGUUGGAAAGGGACGGUUGAGAUUGUUGUAAACAAAGAAAAGGAUCAUUGCUUUCAUAUUCCUGAUUAUACAGAUCUUGAGGCUGUUGCUAUUCGGCGACAAAUCGCUUCCUUUAUCAAUAAUCAAGGUUAAGGUGAUCUAAAUCGGAUUUGAAGUGAUGACUUAAGCAUAAAUACCUCGCUUUUGUUCAAUUAUAAAUAAAUAAAUAAAAUUGAUGGAGAUUUAUAGCAUCAUUCAAGUAAAUACAGAUUAAGAUCUGACCUGUAUUGAAUACAGGUAUGGAGAUUGUGUUUGACUCAGAACUUGCACUUUGCUGGGUUUAGGAUAGACACUUUAACAGUUUCACUAUCUGUCUUCUUAUUGUUCAGUGUACUUAAAUGCUGUAUUUAUAUGUAAAUUGAGAUGCUGAAUUAGAUAUAUGUUCAGCUCCUGCUGAUUAAAAGCGCUGCACCCGAUUAACAUUACUGAUAAUGUAAGCAACUGCAGACUUGGGUUAACGAUAACGAGUCUUCUUCUUCUUUCAAA